CUAAGUUAGCUCCCCACUCUGUUUUAAAAUUAUUUCAUCUCUCUCUCUCUAACCUCUCUCUCUUUCUCUCUUCAAGAACACGAAGAACAACAAAGAAACAGAGCCUUACAAAUUCAAUUCUGGGUUCUCAUUUUCCGUCACUUUCUCGGGAAAAUUCAACCCCCAGAAAAGAUCUCUCCCUGUUUAACCUCUGUUUUUCUUUGGUCUCUAUGUAAUGCUGAAAUUAGAGGCUGCCCAAACCGGGUGUUGCAGCCCUUUAGUAUCAGAUCGGGUCGGCCGAGAUCUAGCCGUUUUCGGUUCGAUUCGUGAAUUUUGAAACCCAGGAGAAGGAAGAACCGCCGUUGAAGCUGGGAAAGGAUGCUUAGAACGAAGACGAAAGCCCCAGCACCGCCGCCGACAAAUGGAAUCUCCGGCGGCGGCGGCGAUUCGCGGCCGAUGGAUUGGGAAAUGAGACCCGGUGGAAUGCUGGUUCAGAAGCGAACCGACGCGGAGAAAAACUCGGUUUCGGCUCCGAUUGUACGAGUCCGGGUCAAGUACGGCUCCGUCUACCAUGAAAUCUCCAUUAGCUCUCAAGCUUCUUUCGGUGAGUUGAAGAAAAAGCUGGUGGGUCCGACAGGGCUGCACCACCAAGACCAGAAACUGUUGUACAAAGAGAAAGAGAGGGACUCGAAGGCAUUUCUUGACGUUUGUGGCGUUAAAGAUGGGUCCAAAAUAUUGCUUGUGGAAGACCCAAUUAGCCAAGAGAAGAGACUGCUAGAACUCAGAAAAAACGCCAAAAUUCAAAAGGCUUCCAAUUCCAUUGCCCAAAUCAGCUUGGAUGUUGAUAGACUCGCUGGCCAGGUUUCGGCGCUUGAAUCCAUCAUCAGCAAAGGCGGGAAAGUUGCUGAGAAAACCGUGUUGAGUUUGAUCGAGUUGUUAAUGGAUCAGUUGAUUAAAUUGGAUGGUAUAGUCGGAGAUGGAGAUGUGAAGUUACAGAGAAAAAUGCAGGUGAGAAGAGUGCAAAAGUACGUUGAGACAUUAGAUAUACUAAAGAUCAAGAACGAAAAGCAAACCCCAGUUCAAGUUCAGCCUCGAAACUCUGAUGGGUCGAAACCAGCUCACGAUCAAUCGCAACCCUCGACAGAGAAUUCGUCGUCAUCGGUGCAUGAAAGAAAAUCGACAUCGGAAACAGUUGUUACGACGAGAUGGGAGAUAUUCGACGCGAUGCCACCAUUGGUACCGACGUCUUCUUCAACUGCAAUCCCGGCAGCCAACAACAACAAUCAUGUUCAUCCCAAGUUCAAUUGGGAAUUUUUUGAUUGAAAAAUUUUCAAAAGAAUUUUAUUGUGUAUUAAUAUGGUCUGAUGUGUGAUUGAGAACAAAUGGUUUGAUUUUUUUUUUUUUUU